AUGCUUACUCUCGUCUCGUUACGGCUCGGUGCGUGCGCCGCAGAGGACGCGACGUUCGAAGACUUGUUAGAUGCUGUCAAAAACCUCAGGCAACCCGAAAAGCUGGAGUCCCUGCGCAAGGUCGUCUUCGAAACCGCUCGCGAGGUCCUAUUAUUCGAUCUCGAUAUCCUUCUACUGAUCGAGGCGUGGCCGCACCUAGAGGUCCUCUCCAUCAAUGAAAAAUGUGGCUGGAAAAUCCAGCCGAGCGUCACGCUCGAAGGUCUACGCUGCAUCGUCAAGGGCCUACCGCAUUUGAAGGAGUUGCAUAUAGCCAUUGACGCGAUAGACGUUGAGCCGGGGUGCGAUAUUGGACACGGUUACCCCGAAUCCCGGUACCCAGAAUUCCGACUUGACCUCCUUGACUCGAGCAUUGGCGCGGAGAUCGAGGACGUAGCAGCGUACAUCGGUGACAUCUUCCGCGAACGGGAACUGCAGCUGGACGCGUAUCAGCUAGCCUGGGAUUUUCACCCGCUCCCCCCGGAUUUGUUGGUGGAGAACGCGCUGUACCAGCAAGGUUGGAGGGACGUGCAUAAGCUGUUGUGCGAAGCUCAGGACACGUGGUCAUCGGACGGCGAGGGCUCCGGACAGAGUUCGUGCUCUGCCUCGGACGUCGACGAAGGCGAGGGGUCGGGCGGAGAAGAGGUUUCGGACGAGUCCGCAUCCUGUGCAAGCGCCUACCCGCGUCUGGUUGGUUACUUUGUUCGUUUUGAGCCCAAUGCUGCGACGACCAUAAACGGCGGACUCGUCGAGGUAUGGAGUGACCAGCCGCUUGACGUGGUGCCAGGAUCGAACGAUUCGCGAGCGGAGCGGGAUCAUCUCUUCCCAGUCCGGGCCCGUUUGUAG